AUGCGUCCGAUUCACAGGCCAGGGGAAAUGGGCAAACUAAAAAAGAAGAAAACAGGUCAAGGGAAGAAAUCUACCGCCUCAAACCCGCAAUCCAAAGCCCCGAAAAAGAGAACCCCGUCCACGCCUUGGCCUGAUGAGCUUAAGCGUCUCUCACAAACCCAUCGCGCCCUGAACCUCGUGUACACCUUCUGCUGCACGCGCAAGCAUUUUGCGACCACAUUUGAUAAUAUCAAGAAGGCUGUACAGGGGCAGCUCGGCACAGGGCGAGAACUCACAGCCGAGGACGUGGCGAGGGUGAAGGUGCUGGUACCGCGGGCGGUGCGAUUCGAGUAUGUGGACGAAGCGCGACUGGAGGUCAUGACCGUUGCCGAUAAAGACAUUACCGAUUAUGGAUUACAUAGGCGACAUAGCAUGCUCACUGCCGAGGACAUGAACAGCGAGCAUGCAGACCAGGAUGAUGACAAGAAAGACGUUCUACUCUUCGAGUUCGUGGAUGGCGAUCUCAAGCGGGAGGUUCAGCAUCCCAAAACUGGAGAACCAUCUAAGCCUACGCGCCGAAUGAAAGAUGAGGACUUGAAGGUGCCGGUUUACAGCCAAAAGCAGAUGCUGGCCCUUAUCGAAAAACGCAACGCGAAAUUCACGGAUGCGAUUGAUGCAUUCCUCGUCCGUUGUGAAGACCAAGGUCUUGAGCCGGUCCAGACUUUGGAACAGGAGAAGAAUGCAUUUCUGCCCACACCUCCAGAUAGUGGGGCGAAUACCCCUGUCGUUGCGAAACCGCCUGCCACGAUUCCCAAGGAACGCAAGUCUAUUGCGGAAAUCAUUGCUGAAAUCCGUGAGAUGGAGUGGUAUCAUGCUCAGAUUGUUCCGGAGGGACAUCGCGUAUUUGAUGCUCAGUCUCCCAUGUACGGUGAUUUGGCGUUUCAGCUGUCGCAAGACCUGGUCAAUGCGCUAUACAAUACAAAAAGCAUUACCCAGCUCUACUCCCAUCAGGCCGAGGCAAUCAAUCUUUUGUACGAGGGUCACAACGUGAUUGUAUCCACCUCAACCAGCUCGGGGAAGUCGCUCAUCUACCAGAUUCCUAUGCUUCACGAGCUGGAAAAGGAUUCGGAAAGCAGGGGCAUGUAUAUUUUCCCCACCAAAGCUCUGGCUCAAGACCAGAGGCGCAGUAUGAUGGAGCUUCUCCAAUUCAUGGACGGCUUACAACAUACAAUGGUGGAAACCUUUGACGGAGAUACGCCAAUGGGCAGCCGGAAUCUCAUCCGCGAUGAGGCUCGCAUUGUGUUCACCAAUCCGGAUAUGCUGCAUAUCACGAUUCUUCCGCAGGAAAGUGCCUGGCGUACCUUCUUGAAGAACCUGAAAUUCGUGGUUGUUGACGAACUGCAUGUCUACAAUGGCUUGUUUGGGUCCCACGUGGCUUAUAUCAUGCGACGACUCCGGAGAAUCUGUGCUGCUGUAGGCAACCGACAUGUCAAGUUCAUAUCCUGCUCCGCCACAGUUGCGAACCCCGAGCAGCAUAUGAAAUCGAUCUUCGGCGUGCAGGAUGUGAGAUUGGUCGACUUUGACGGAUCUCCCUCUGGCCGCAAGGAAUUUGUCUGCUGGAACACACCAUUCAAGGACCCGGCUGACCCAACUUCUGGACGCGGUGACAGCGUCACAGAGACUGCCCGCUUGUUCUGCCAGCUAAUCCUUCGAGGGGUAAGGGUGAUUGCUUUUUGUCGAAUACGAAAGCUAUGCGAGAUCCUCCUGCAAGCUGUCCGCAAUGAGUUCCAGGCUCUCGAAAGACUCGAAGUCGGCAAGAUGGUCAUGGGCUAUCGAGGCGGAUAUAGCCCCCAGGAUCGACGACGCAUCGAGAAAGAAAUGUUCGAAGGGAAAUUGAUGGGAAUUGUGGCAACGAAUGCGCUCGAAUUGGGCGUUGAUAUUGGCUCCCUAGACGCAGUCAUCACCCUUGGUUUCCCAUAUUCAAUUUCUAAUUUGCGGCAGCAGAGUGGCCGUGCUGGUCGGCGGAAUAAAGAUUCUUUGUCUGUGCUAGUGGGCGACAGAUACCCUACAGACCAACACUACAUGCAAAACCCCGAUGAGAUUUUCACCCGGCCUAAUUGCGAGCUGCAAAUCGACCUGGCCAACGAGCUCAUCCAGGAAGGACACGUUCAAUGUGCUGCCUUUGAGAUGCCUAUCCGGCCAGAGGAAGACCAUAUCUACUUCGGUGAGCAGCUCUUCGCUCUCGCGGCGACACGCCUGAUUAAGGAUAGUAUGGGCUUCUAUCAUUGCCAUGACCGGUUCCGGCCCCAGCCGUGGCGGUGCGUGAACAUUCGCGACACAGAGGACACGCACUUUGCUGUGAUCGACACAACAAACAAGCGCAACGUGGUCCUCGAAGAAGUGGAGGCAUCGCGCGCGUUUUUUACCAUCUACGAGGGUGGUAUCUUCCUCCAUCAAGGCCAAACAUACAUCGUCCAGGAACUCAACACGGAACGCCACUUUGCUCGUGUCCUACGAGUUCACGUCGACUGGAGCACCAUGCAACGUGACUUCACUGACAUCGACCCGAUCGAGACUGAAAGCAUGCGGCCUGUUGGCCCUGGUCCCGACUCAUGCCGCGCCUUCUUCGGCGCAGUCCAGAUCCACGCCGUCGUGUAUGGCUUCUUCAAAAUCGAUAAGCGUGGCCGCGUCCUCGACGCCGUCGCGGUCGAUAAUCCGCCCAUCGAUAUUUUCACCAAGGGUAUGUGGCUGGACGUACCCUCCCGAGCCAUCGAGAUCCUCGAAUCGCACCGGCUCAACAUUGCAGCCGCCAUCCACGCCGCUGAGCACGCAGUCCUCUCGCUCCUCCCGUCGUUCGUCAUCUCUUCGCCCGGUGACGUCCGCACGGAAUGCAAGGUCGCGAAGAAGGAACUAGGCCGGGGGCUGCGUCGCGCGAAUGAAUCAGGCAUGUCUAAUGCAGAGCUAGAAAAAAGAUUCAGCCGCCGUCGCGCCAGCGGCCUGCGCGGCUGA